CGGUGGCUGACGUGAUUGACGGUGGACCGGCCGAAGUGAUCGGGACCGUGAAGACUUCAUCGCCGCUCCGCGUCCCUCCUCCCCGGGUACUUCUCCACGGUUCACCGAGCAACUUCUCACGCGACUUCCCCGCAGACUUUAGCGGAUUUUAGCGGCAGAGGAUCGGCCCGGAGCCUCCGUGUGUUCGGCGGGGAUCGGCGGUGUUCGUUGCCCCGCGGCUGGCGGCUAGCAUCGGUUACCGCUGCUAAACAUGGUGGCCUGUAGGCAGGAGGACGGAGGAGCGAGCCCGGGCUGCGAGCUGCUGUAGACGGGGAGCUGUCUGGAAACACACCGCGAGCUGUACCGCACAUCCCGCGGGGUUCCACCGCAGCUCCGAGGACUUUUUAAAAGGACGCGGGGCAGUUUGAGUGCUGAAGCCGACUCACGGAGCAGCAGCGGCGGCGGCGGCACCGGCCGUGCUCCGUGGACCGUGGAUAAUCUCCCGCAGAGGAAAAGUUUCCCUCCCGGUUUUGGAGAAAAGUUGCAGAAACAUGCGCAAAGCUGCGGAGACAGAAACACCUCGAGCGGGUUCCAGGAGCGAGUCGAAGCCGCAGUGAAGCCGGGAACUUCUUCCUCCUGUGGGACAUUCUCCGGAUUAUCACGGGUCGUCGUUCCUUCCUCGCGCAGACCUGGAGCUUCGGGAGGAGGCGCCGAUGAAGAGGAAGAUGAAGGUGAUGGUUUCUCGCUGGUAGGAUUCUGAGCACAGAGCGGUUCAUUACAUGGAGACUCGCCUGACAUGCCCAGGAAGGAGUUGCCACUACCUGAGGGUUGGGAGGAGGCCAGAGACUUCGAUGGAAAAGUCUAUUACAUCGACCACAUCAACCAGUGCACGAGCUGGAUCGACCCCAGAGACAGGCAGACGAAGCCUCUGACGUUUGCCGACUGUAUUGGGGAUGAGCUGCCGAUCGGCUGGGAGGAGGCGUACGACCCCCACGUUGGAGCUUACUAUGUCGACCACAACACCAAGAAAACCCAGCUGGAGGACCCGCGGGCCCAGUGGCAGCGGGAGCAGGAGGCCAUGCUGCGGGACUACCUGGCCGUGGCCCGGGACGCCCUCAGCGCACAGAAGGAGAUCUACCAGGUGAAGGAGCAGAGGCUGCGGCUGGCGCAGCAGGAGUACCGGCAGCUCAACGACGCGUGGAGGGACAAGACGACGUCGCAGACCAGCUUGAAUUCAAGAUCAUCGUCUUCCAGCAAGUACGACCCCGAUAUCCUGAAAGCGGAAAUAGCCACAUCUAAAAGUCGGGUGAACAAGCUGAAGAGGGACCUGGCCUGUAUGAAGCAGGAGCUGCAGUUCAAAGAACAAGGCUUCGAGACCCUCAGAGAGAUCGACCAGAAGGUAUCGAACUUUCCGUACGGCUUCAAGCUGCAGGAGGCGCAGGCCAUCCUGAGCGAGGUCCGCACCAUCCGAGAUGCCAUCAGCUCCGGAGAGAAGGAGAAACAGGAACUCAUGCAGAAACUGGCGGUGCUGAAGGACGGUUUCCAGCUGGACUCUGGAUCGCAGCAGGAUCUGUGGGGCAGCAGUCCCUCGCUCGCCAACUCCGAGCUGUGCAUCCCGCGGCUCUACUCGGAUGCCGGCUCUCAGACCGACAUCCCUGCAGAGUUCCUAACCAGCAGCAACAAACUGGCGGAGAAGGUUCGUCUGAGUCUGAAGUACGAGGAGGCCAAGAGAAGGAUCGCCACCAUCGAGGUGCAGAUAGCCAAACUGGACAGCGAGGCGUGGCCGGGGCUGCUGGACCCCGAGCGAGACCGUCUCAUCCUCAUCAACGAGAAGGAGGAGCUGCUGAAGGAGCUGCAGUACGUCAGGCCCCGUCACCGGCUGGAGCCCAACGACGCCGAGAAGCUGGAGUCCGAGAAGAAGCGUCUGGAGAGAGACCUGCAGGCCGCCAGAGACAACCAGAGCAAGGCUCUGACCGAGAGGCUGCGACUCCACUGCAAAAGAAACAAACUGGUCCGGGAGCUGGAGGAGAUGGUUCGACUCGCGACGACACUGCACACUCAACUGAAAAGCCUCUCAGCCAGCACCCUGUCCUGUUCCUCCGGCAGCAGUCGAGGAUCUUUGACGUCGAGCCGCGGUUCCCUCGCCACCACCUCCAGCCUGGGCUCCACCUCCUCGCUCAGCUUCACCGACAUCUACCUGGAGCAGCCCGAGCUGGCCGACCCGGACUUCCAGAACAAGCUGGACAGCCUCCUGCAGGAGGGCGGCCAGGGCGGCUACCGCCCCUCCAGCUCCAUCACCACCAUCCACGAGCACGAAGUGGUGACGGGCUGUGGGGGCAGGGACGCUGUGACGCCCGAGGGCAAAACGGGAGGAGACACGGGAAGCUCAGCUGGAGGGAGCGCAGGGGGCGGAGGAGCGGAGCUGGGGCCGUCCAGGAUCCAGGCCCUCAGACUCUCAGAAACUCCUCGCUCCAUGAGCUCUUUAUCGCCUCGCUCGUCCCUCUCCUCGCUAUCGCCGCCUUGCUCACCGCUGGUCACAGACACUAGUUUCCUGUCCGGUGAGACAUUUGCGGGCCAGACGGGGCCCGGCGGAUUAGGCCUGGACCUGGAGCUCCACAGUCGGCUCACAGAGCUGGAGCUCAGCCUGGACGCUCAGGAGCAGCGGCAGGACGAGGGCUCCGGGGGGCUGGAGGGGAAGCAGAAUGUCAACACCUCGCUUAGCGGGGACGUCAAAGACUCGGCUCCUCAGCUGCGGGGGACGGGGCCGGUGCCGAAGAAGAUGGGCGUGUCCUCGGCGGUGUCUGACGAGUCGGUGGCCGGGGACAGCGGCGUGUACGAGCCUUCAGAGCGCAGGCCGGGCCUCCCUGCCGACCUCCUCCUCGGCUCCUUCGAGGAGCGUUUGGCGCCCGACUGCUCUCAGGUGCAGCUCGGCUUCCGCUACGAGUCCAGAGACCAGCGCUUCACCGUCUACGUCAUGCAGCUGUCCAACUGCGGCGCCCUCUGUCUGCCGGCUGACCAGAAACUGUACGUGCGUGUGGCGGUGCUGCCCUGCGUGGAGACCUCCCGCUGCCUGUUCCGAACACGCGGCUCCUCGUCCCAAGACGCCGUGGAGAUCAACGAGGUGUUCGGCAUGCAGAUAUCCCAUGGUGCACUGCGCCAGAAAACCCUGAGGGUGGACGUGUGCACCACCAGCAAGUCGGGCCACGAAGAGUGUCUAGCCGGCGCUCAGAUCAGUUUGGCUGAUGUCAGCUGUUCGGAUGAGAGACGCACAAAGUGGUACAACCUGCUGAGCCGCGCCUACAUGCCUGACAUCAACAAGGAGGACAAAGAGAGCAGAGCAGCCGGCGGCUCGGACAGGACGCGUGUUUCCAGCAGCGACACAGUCGGAGCUUCUGAGGACGACGAGUGGCACGGCGACCCGCUGGAGGCCGACCUGUUUGAUGAUGAAGAAGGAAAUGGCGUGGGGGGAGUGGGGCCUCUGGAGGAGGAGGAGGAUGAGUUUUAUCCCGACAGCAGCCAAUGGGAAGCAGAAGAAGAGGAAGAGGGGGAGGAGGAAGAGGACGAGGAAGAGGAGGCCACUAAACCUCCUCCUCCUCCUCCUCCUCAUCCGACAGCAGCACGGAUCCCAGAGAAGGUGAACAAGGAGACAAGUGUACACGGUUUGUCCUCAUCCCACCACUGCUCCGUGGUCCGGCCCAAAGAGCGGCGCCCGGACGUCCACCAGCAGAACCCGUUCAUGAGAGGGAACACCAUCAUCCGCUCCAAGACGUUCUCCCCCGGACCUCAGAGCCAGUACAUCUGCAGGAUAAACCGCAGUGACAGCGACAGCUCCACGCUCUCCAAGAAGUCGCCGUUUGUCAGAAACGCCUCCGAGAGACGCAGCAUGCGCAUGAAGAAGCCUCCUGUGCAGGUCAAAGGUCUGGACGGGCUCCUGCGGACGUCCAUGGACCUGGAGUUGGACCUGCAGGUUUCCCGGACGCGACAGACCCGGCUGGCGCAGGAGCUGCGGGUUCUGCGGGAGCUGAAGACGCAGCUGGAGAAGGCGAGACAACUGGGCCAGAGAGAGCUGCCCGCCUGGGUCCAAGAAGACGAACGCUUCCGCAUCCUCCUCAAACAGGCGGAGAAACAGACUCGAGAGGAGCAGCUGCAGGAGAAGCGAGUGGAGAAGAGGAUGCGAGCAGCAGCCAAGGACGUCCACAAGAUCAGGGGCCAGAGCCGCAAAGAGGUUCCUGAGGUCCAGACCUUCAGAGAGAAGAUGGCGUUCUUCACACGAGCAAAGAGCAGCAUCCCCGACCUGCCGGCCGACAGCGUGUAGAGAAGCAUUUCAAAGUACCCCCACCACCACCACCCCCCAGUCUCAACCUGCUGUUCCCACAAAUGAAGCAAAUGUUUGGCGGUGUUAUGAAGAAUUUAAAAAUAUAUAUAAUAUGUUUUAGUAGAAAAACAGACAAAAAAACCGUGAAGAAACAGAUUUUUAAAGAGUUUCUACUGUGGAUAGUGUUCAUUUGUAAAUUAGUGACGGCACUGCUUUCGUUUUUAUUUCACUCUCUUCAUGUCUUCGUGUUUCUGUGACUAACAGGAUGUUUAUAGGCUUUUAAAAUCAUUCCAGCACAAAGUCACUCAGCUACGUACAAAGAGUUUUGUACUGAAACGGCACAUUUGGACAUAAAGAGUCAACUUUAUGUUUAUCGGAAGCACAAAAUGAAAUCGGACGACGGUACAAGAGGAAAAACUUCAGCUGGUGAUAAAACUAAGAGAAAUAUCUGCUCUUCACUGAUAUUUGAUACUUAAAAUCAUGUGUUUUUGUACUUUAUACUCAGACAAACGAACGAGCACACACUUCGAUUUUCCUUUUUUAAAACUGUGUUUGUUUUUAUUGUAUUUCCUCACCAGACACUCGUGAACACGGAUCUGAGAGCAGCUCGGUUUUCUCUUAACGUCAGCAGAGAGACGAUGAAGGACAACAGUUUAUUCUGUUUCCUUAGAGUUAAGAUCCUCGAGAUUGUUUCACGUCAAAACCCAUUUUUACACGAUUUAACACUAAACAGCAGCGGACACGACGUCAGUCUGAAGGAAGUCUCCGUUUGUUCGCUUCUCGUACUCGCACAGUUGUUCUUGUCUCGUAUUUCCACUUCACUUGGUGUUUACUGACCCCUGGUGGUCGACACGCGUGUCAUUUCUAACCAAAUCAACGAGGACUGAAACCUUAAGAAUUGUAACUUGAACAUUUCCAAACCCAACCCAGUCAUCGGGUCGACCUCGUGACGCUCGUCUGACGUGCACGGCACCGCGUCGUCAGCCAAACGUCGGAUUCUACUCGUCACUACACGAUAACUCGGAGGAGAAACUGGACUCUUGUCACGAUCGUCUCACGCACGCACACACACACUCAUGGAGGUGUAGAAACAGCACUGACACUCAGGUAGUUGAUCGGAUAGUCUGCACUUUAAGAAAAAAACGCGGGGGAAAAGAAACGCGGUGGUUUUUUUUGCCUCGUGCUGGAAUGAUUGUUGUUGUCGAAACACACAGGAAGUGAAGAUCCAAUGUAUUUUUGAUGACUGUGAACUUCUUAUUGAUUCUCUGAUUGUUUGACUGGAAGUGACUAAACCCCGCCCCCUUCACGAGAACUCACCAGCAGCCAAUAGGAAGACAGACGUUCUCCUGAGCUUCACUCUGAUUGGCUGGAUAAAAUAUUGUCUGCCCUGAAGAAAACAGUUUUAUCAGGUUUAUAUAAUUUUGAUGUUUUCCCUGUGAAACUGGAUAUUUUAGACGCGUAUCUGCGUCUCUUAGAACUGGAUGUUAACAUGGUGCCCAGCAAAACUACACAUAUCGAUAUUAUGGAUUUGGAUCAUAACUUUAUUGUUCACUCUCUCGUCUCUCAUGGCGUCAGACGGCAUCUUACGAUAUCUGCUUCAGGAGGAGGAGCAAAGAAAGAUUUGAUGAAAUGUUUAAUUUAAAAUCCUUUCUGGUAAAAUAAAUACGUCCAUCUUGCUUUUACAGCUUGUUCAGACGCCCCCAAGUGGCCAAAAUGUAUAUAAAGGUAUUUAUAUACGGUAAUAACAGGGACACCCAGUACAAAUAAAUAAAACUAAAUAAAAAACAUGUAGAAAAGUGACAAAACAGUUCAUCUUGAUGAUGCAGUUCCAGAAAUAUACAAAACAGUUCGAGGCAAAGAUUUAGAGAAAAGUUUACAAAUUCCUCAAGUUAAUUUCACAAGUGAACAAACUCCUCAUUGUUUAUCAAAUUAUUCCACGACUGUUUCACAAAGAAUUUCAAUUGAAUUAUAUUUGAGGCCAUGACUCUUCUGCUGGGUCGCCGUGGUGACUCCGCCCACGUGACGCGAACACGUCGGAUACGUCGUCGUCUUUCUGUUCCCGGGGUAAACUCGAACGCUGCUGACAGAAAUCCAGAUGCUGCUGUCGUCCUCAUUCCAGAUGUGUCUUAUUUUUACUGUUUGUGGAAACGCAGCAGCUUUGAAAAAGAGAGAAUAAGAAUUUAAAGAUCACAGAAUCGUUUUUUCCUGUCGACCGUGUUAAUCAUCUGUUGCCUUCAAUUCUUUAAAAGACAAACGGAGGAGGUUUUGAUUUUGACCUUUAAAAUUGUCUCUACUUCCUGUUUCCUUCUUUUUACGUCCCUCUCAAAAUAAGACUUGUUUUUACGAUAAAUAAAAACUGAAAAUAAAAGAACGAUUGAUUGUUUCACCACAUUCAGGUAGAAGUAGGAAUAUUUUUGCACAAACGUCUAUGAAAAUAUUACGUAUCCUACACGUUCAUGAUAAUCACACAACACUACGAAAUUAUUCACGUGUAACUGAAUCAAACGCUGAGAGGACGAUAACGACCGGUUCACAUCGCAGGAAAUAAACGUAAUCAGGAUUACGACGCGUGAUCAGUCUGAACAGUCGAUCAGUAUCAGAUCAAUACCAAAGAUUUAACAGCUCGUGUUCACGCUGAAAUAAAAGGCUCCUGGUGUCGUGGUCGUCUGAUGCUCACGAUUCUCGUGGGUUUUUAUCAACUGGUCGAUAGACGUUUCGACGUUUCUCAGCAACAAUGUGGAAGUGUUAGCAUUCAGCGGAACACUUCAGCUUCCACGUAAAUUCACGCAUAAUCAGACGAGACGUGAGGGAAAAAGGUCAAUAUAAAAGUUACGUAAAGUUAGAUCCGACUGUUCAGACUGAGGUCACGUCAAAGUGUUGGUCACAUGAGUGCCCCCUGCUGGUGAACGCAGCCUCGUGCACGUUAUUAGUGGAACACUGUGAAAUGAGUGAAAGUCUACGGAGUCGUGAUGGUGCCUUCAGAGAGUACGGAAGACGAUCAGGGCCGUGUUAAAUUAAUUUUUUUAUUCUAUUCAUCUUCCGUAGAGAGCAACAUGUAAACUGUUAUUGUUCCUUUUUUAUUUCCUGUUUUCUUCUUUUAUUUCAUCUCGUGCCCAAACAACCAUCUGACGCAGAGAAGCCGAACCUGCGGAGAAACGUUUGUGUUCAUUUUCUAAAUGUACGGUUUGUUUUUUAUUUUCCUCCACGUGUAGACGGAGUAGAUUUGAGCUAUAGGACUUUGUGUAGUCGUCUGUGUCGUUAAAAUCCACUUUGUCAUGAUCGAAUGUUGUUUAACCUUUAAAACAUUAAAAGACUCGUUUAUCAGAAACGUCUGGAUGAAGGAAUGUAGGUUUUUAUUUUUGACAAAUCAUGAUCAUUGAGAAAAUAAAACAAACGCUGUUCGUCACGUGAUUAUUUUUUCAUCGUGUAGGUUGUGAUUUAAUUUCUUUUUGAAGUUUAAGUGCAUUUUUUCCCUUGUUUAAUGAUUUAUUUUUUUUAUUCUAAUGAAUCUGUUUGUGUUGCGACUGGUGAUGAAGCUGGAAACGUGCACGGCGGCGGCUACGAGGAACAUGCAGCAUGUAUUUAUUGCACUUUUGUGAUUUGGGUGUGCUUUUCCUGUUUUCUUUGUUUUUUCUUUUCAUCGCGAGAGUCCCGAAAAGCUGUGAAUUUUAUUCUCGGACACUGUUCUGUCGACCAGAGUUGUAAAUAUUUCACCAGCACAAAAAAAAAAAAAACGACGAUAUGUUUUGUAGUUUCACAACAAAUUAAAAAAAAAGGAAAGUUCUUCUCUUCUA